GUUAACGCCGGAGGACUGCGCCAAGAAGUGGCACUCGCUGCGCACGAAUUACAGCGCUGAGCAAAAAAAAAAUUAGAGAGUCAACUGGGACUGGAACCGGAACGGCAAACGUUUACAAGCCUUCCAUGAAGUUUUUCGACGAAAUGGCGUUCGUUAAAGACUUCCUGGAAGUCAGGAGAUCGGUCGACAACUCGGGAGAAGAAGACAUUAUCGCUGCGAUCAUCCAGGAAGAGGAGGAUUGGAAAAUAAAUCUGAAGACAUCAUGACGGAAAUUUACUCAGUCCUUAUCACAGGAGCUAGUAAAGGUAUCGGUUUGGAAUUUGUCAAACAGUUCCUGACAAAUAAAUCUGUCAAACCUCAUAUCAUCAUCGCCACCUGCCGAAAUCCGGAAACCGCAACUGCACUACAGGAGCUGAAAAAAUCGGAUAAAAAGGUUCAUAUUCUAAAAUUGGACGUGGAUCACUUCGAAGCUUACGAUAAAGUUGUGGAAGAGGUUAAGACAAUUGUAAAGGACAAAGGAUUGACACUACUCAUCAAUAAUGCUGCAAUUUGUGUCCCAUUUUCUGAUACGUUGGAAGAUGUCACGCCGGAAAAAUUCAUUUCGAUUUUGACAACAAAUACCGUCGCUCCAGUGAUGCUGACAAAGGCCCUCUACCCACUUUUAAAACUCUCUGCUGAGAAAAAUUCGAAGGAGACUAAAGGGCUGAGCGUCAGUAGAGCAGCUGUUAUAAAUAUAAGUUCAAUUGGAGGAUCCAUCAAGCGACGGAAAGGUCCGGCAUUAUGGUGUUAUAGAGAGAGCAAGGCUGCAUUGAACAUGAGCACCCAAACAAUGGCCAUCGAAUUUGAAAAAGAUGGAAUUCUGGUGGAAAGUUUUCACCCAGGCGUUGUUGACACUGAUCUGCUCGCAUGUCCCGGUGGGCCUCCAUCAGAAAUUGACACUGCUACUAGCGUGACUGGAAUGAUUUCAGUUAUGCUUCAGCUUACCGGAAAAAAUAAAGAAGGAUUUCCUGAAUACACUGGAGAAAUUUUGCCGUUUUAAGUUCAGACAAACACUAUUUCUUGGAUACAGGUUACCUGUGAGCAGAAAAACUUUCUUGCAACCAGUAAAAAGCGAAAACCUUUGUAAUGUGCUCCCUCCGCCUGCCAUCGAAGGGAUUGUAAAAUUGUAAAAAUUUGAAACAUCAGGGGUUUCAGUUUUGGUGAUGGUGAAAGGAUAUCUAGGAAUCUGUGUGUUUCCUUGGAAAUUUUAAAAGCAAUCUUGCAAUCGGAUAAAAAAUGGAACUCUCACAAUCCCAACUCUCUUUGAAUUGUCGCACAUUAUCAUUUCCGACAAAAGGCUAAAAUAAACAUAAAUCUCUUGGGAUGAAGAAAAAUGAAUAAAAGCCUUGCAUUCCGAAAAAUUUUAUGUUUAUUUCACGAAUGGGUGUAUUUUUAUUAAAACAAAUUUGAUCAUUCUUGACAAGAAAACACUUGUCUCGUAUAUUCAAGGGAGGAAAAAGGAGUCAAAAUUGAAAAAUUUCUUAAGACGCGAUUUUUGGGUUAAGGAUAUUAUCGCUCCUAUAACUCUUCAGUUCCUUCUUGAGUCUGUGGACCAAAGUAAACGAUUUCAGAUUAGGUUAGUUGAGAAAAGAGAAGCUUUGACAUGCGCUACUUAACUCAAAGCAUUUCGGUGCUAGUUAUGAAUUUAAAUAUAAUAUGUCUAUCUAAAUAAUAUACCUUUUGUA